GACCAUUUUCCCCUGUGCCAAGGCGUUGAUCUUAACGACCCACUGGCCACUAAUAAUUUAUUACUAAAAAUUCGUAUUUUACACUUCACCUCACAAGAACUACCGGCAUUAUUCUGGUAAGCUUAUAUUCUAACUCUCGCAGUCAAAAACAAGAAUAUCUCCCAGGAAUCUUCUCUCCAGAAGACAUAUAAACACAUGUCAUAGCUUAACAUCAUCGAUUCAUCGGAGACUCCAACGAUGAAGAUAUUGCUUAGCCUGGUGGCUGUCUUAAUAUUCAUCAGAAGCUGUGAAUCAGUAAUUCAAGGAGAGCAGCCACUUUCCAAGAUAGCAAUCCACAAAGCUACUUUUGCUCUCGCUCAUUCCUCAUCAAUCAGAGCUCACCCCCCUUUUCUUGGUUUGAAGGGUGAGGAUACUCAAUGGGUUAAUGUGGACCUUGAACACGCAGAACCAUCUGAAGAUGACUGGGUUGGAGUUUUUUCUCCUGCAAAGUUCAAUGGAUCAGAAUGUUAUUACGAGAACGAUCCCAAGGAACAAAGUCCAUACAUAUGUUCAGCCCCUAUAAAGUACACAUAUGCAAAUCAAUCCACUUCCAAUUACACAAAGACAGGCAGGGCUUCAAUUAAGUUCCAGUUAAUCAAUCAGCGAGCAGAUUUCUCAUUUGCAUUGUUCUCAGGCGGUUUGUCAAAUCCAAAAGUGGUCGCUGUUUCAGAUCCCAUUAGAUUUAUUAACCCAAAAGCUCCCGUUUAUCCUCGCCUUGCACAGGGAAAAUCCUGGAAUGAAAUGACAGUAACAUGGACAAGUGGCUACAACAUAGAUGAAGCCAUUUCUUUUGUCGAGUGGGGUAUGAGAGGACAGUCACGAAGGCGCUCGCCAGCAGGAACAUUGACUUUCACGCGCAACAGCCUGUGUGGCUCGCCUGCACGGACAGUUGGUUGGCGUGAUCCUGGAUUCAUACAUACAAGUUUUUUAAAGGAUUUGUGGCCAAAUAUUAUGUACACUUACAGAAUGGGACACAUGUUAUCUGAUGGAUCAUAUAUAUGGAGCAAGACAUAUUCAUUCAAAUCAUCACCAUAUCCUGGUCAAGAUUCCUUACAGAAGAUUGUAAUAUUUGGAGACAUGGGAAAGGCAGAGCGUGAUGGUUCAAAUGAGUAUAGUAAUUAUCAACCAGGAUCACUUAAUACAACUGAUCAACUGAUCAAGGACCUUGAGAACAUCGACAUAGUUUUCCAUAUUGGAGAUUUGUCAUAUGCAAAUGGAUACAUCUCACAAUGGGACCAGUUCACAUCGCAGGUGGAACCUAUUGCAUCAACUGUGCCAUAUAUGGUUGCUAGUGGAAAUCAUGAGCGUGACUGGCCUGGAUCAGGAUCCUUCUACAAUACUGUGGAUUCAGGUGGAGAAUGUGGCGUUUUAGCUGAGACCAUGUUCUAUGUUCCUGCAGAAAACAGAGCAAAAUUCUGGUACUCGACUGAUUAUGGGAUGUUUCACUUCUGCAUAGCUGAUACUGAACAUGACUGGAGGGAGGGUUCCGAGCAGUAUUUGUUCAUUGAGAAAUGUCUUGCAUCAGUGGACAGACAAAAGCAGCCCUGGCUGAUCUUUGCUGCUCAUCGUGUCCUCGGGUACUCUUCCGACAAAUAUUACGGCCUGGAGGGAUCAUUCGAAGAACCAAUGGGAAGGGAAAGCUUGCAGAGGCUCUGGCAGAAAUAUAAGGUGGACAUAGCAUUUUAUGGACAUGUACAUAACUAUGAAAGAACUUGUCCUAUAUACCAGAACCGAUGUGUGAACUCAGAAAAAUCCAACUAUUCUGGCACAAUGAACGGAACAAUCCACGUCGUUGCAGGUGGCGCGGGGAGCCAUUUAUCUGAAUUCAGUGAAGUUCAAACCAGUUGGAGUCUUUACAAAGAUUAUGACUACGGAUUUGUUAAACUAACAGCAUUUAAUCACUCGUCCUUGUUGUUUGAGUACAAGAAGAGCAGUGAUGGACUGGUUUACGAUUCAUUCACUAUAUCAAGAGAUUAUAAAGAUGUCUUAGCAUGUGUACAUGAUAGCUGUGAGGCCACCACAGCAGCUUCAUAAAGCUAUUCCACUUCUUCCCUAGUAACUGUUUGAUAGAACUCUGUCCGAUAUCAGUGUUCAUCAGAUGUCAUACUACACUACUACUCUCAGUCUUUAAAUGUUAGGUUUACUCAUGAUUAAUUCUUCACAAAAUAUUUAUCAAAUGUUCACACAUUCGAAAAUUAAUUUAUUAUCAGCUCUGUGGUUUUCUGUUUCA